CAGGAAUUGCGAAGCUCCUUGACCUGGGCAGAUGACGAUGACGGACCGAGUCAGGCUUCCCAAUACCCUGGCACGAGUCUUGCCCCACGGGUGCUUGCUUCUCGCUUCGCCGACAAAGACGGUCAUUGCGACGCUGGCGGAUGGAGAUGUGAUUGAUGUCGCGACGCACUCCGAUCCCGCUGCGUCUCCGAGGAGAGCCAUCGUCCUUGACUUGACGAAUUCGCCGGCGGCGCCCUUCGACGCUCUCGUCGCCUCUGUCGGUGAUGACAAGGUUCUCGAUGUCGUUGGCCUUUCCGGGCUCAAGUCGCCCCACAAUGUGGCCAGAACUCCACUGCUGCAUUUCAUCCUGCCAAAGCGAGUCGCCAAACUGGCGUGGGAAGCGCCGGUCACCCAGCAUUCCGAACCUCAUCUCGUUGUGGGGGACAGGCAUGGCGACAUUCGGUCAGCCCGAUAGCGCACGUCAGAACGCAGACGGCGACACACAAGGAAAGGGCGCAAGAGGCAGAGACGAGAGGCAAACGCAGAGUUCGCGGAAAGAGGGGGAAGAAGAGGAAGAAGAAGAGGCAGACGCAGGUCGUGGCACCACCAUAGCGCCCCGGCUAGGGCACGUCUCUAUGCUGACCAACUUUUGUUUUAUCCACGGUCGCUUGGACAACAGGUCGGGCGGCGACGGGGUAUUGCUGCCCCAGUAUAUCAUCAGCUCGGAUCGUGACGAGCACAUUCGCAUCUCUCGAUGGGGUCCUAGAAGAGCCGCUCAUAUUGUCCUUCGAUACCUCCUGGGGAGUGCAAAUGCAGUCUCAUCGCUUCUCGUGAUCCAAGGACCCGAGCUGGCUGCUCUCCUGCAGUCGGCCGUGCAAGCGGACAAAGACCUGUGCAGCUACCCGCUCCUCGUCUCGACUGAUGCAGGCCGAAUUCGGCUGUGGAGUCUUCAUCCCGACAAUGAUGCUGCUCUGUCAAAUCGCGACUGCCUGGUGGUGGCAGAUGUUUCUAGCUGCGUUCAAGCGCACCUGUGUGUCGACGUUGGCGUCGAAGAGGCUAGAGGUAGACAUUCAGGCGCAACGAAGGCUGGCGAGCCAAGAAGAGUGAAGAACUUUGACGGCGAGAUCAACGGCAAUGCAAGGGCGGCCGAGAAAUCUCGAAUCGUCAUCAGUCACCUUGACGUCCUGGCCGGUGCCAAGGGUGAACUUCACAUCCUAUUCACGGUCGAAGGCGCCAACGCUCUUUACACUUUACCGCUCGAGGUGCUGCUGCUCAACGCUGCAUCAAGGAGCGCCCAGCUAGAAGGAAGUACCGUUGAUGUCUCGGAUCAAGUCAAACCUCUGGUUCUCGAUGGACCCGUCAUCGACGUCGACGUUGACCGGACCAGAGCUACACCAAACAGCACGACGCUGUGGACCUGCUGUGACACGCGGCCCGACGUGAGGCCCUGCGAGAAUGGCAAGCAACGUUCCACUCUGCAUCUUGUCCACUGGUCGCCUUUAUACGGUCGCUUGGAAGCCUCAAGCCAAGAGAGCCAGGAAAUUGGAGCAUCUCUAGCACGCAGAUGCGCCGCAGAAGAUGGCAACGACGCUACUGGAGAGGGAUCACUUGCAUCCUUUGCGUCGGCUGAGAAGGCCCGGUGCCUGGCCUUGUACGAGACGCUCUUGACGCUGCCUAAGCAUGAGUCAGAAGCUUCGUCAGGUGGCUUGGAACCUCAGUCGCACGUUGCCGGCAGCGUCCAGAUAUUUGAAAAAGGAGGUCUGGGAGGUAAGAGCACCACUGCCAGCACUGGCUCUCUUCGCGUUCGCCACACCGGCAAACGACAAGUGGCGAGAGGAGAUGAGGGCAAGCAAAGAUUAGGAGAAGAGAAGAAGAGAAAGUCCGGAUCGGUCGAUUUGGCAUGAGAACUUCGAGGAAAGCAUGUGUCGACUUCUUUGUACAGUAGUACAGUACUGUACAGCCGA